GGUAUCCGAAUUUAAUCCGGGCCGGGUCUUCCCCCAAAUUUAUUUUUUCUUGAAUUCGUGUUCAGAUCUCUUCCUUCUUCCAGAUCUAUCUUCGAAUCAAUUGUACAAAAAAAUAUGGGUGUUAAGCGCACUUUUGAAGCUGAGGAUGUGCAAGAGCUCAACAUGAAGCAUGCAAGAGAGAUUAGUUAUUGCAACAAGCUUCCCAAACUAGAUGAUGGAGUUCCAUAUCGUGUUUCACCGGAGAAGUCUGGUCUUGUCAUAGGAGAGGAUCUGAGUGAUCUCUACAGUGUUAAAUGUGAGGAUAAUGUUGAGGAGGGGUUUGAGACCAACGCACCUUUCUCUUGGAUCACAUCCGAGGAGGAUGCUACGACUCAGUCUACCCUUUCUCACGAAUCUCCUGAGUCAGAUUACCCGGCAGACGAUGUUGAUUGGUGUCAGAGUUCUCCUAGAAAACAAGUUCCAAUUGGGUCGGAUUACCAGGCUGAUAUUCCUGAAUGUGUCAAGGAAGAAGUCCGUGAUGCUAAUCACAACGAAGAGCAACUGAUGGGGAAGUGCGUCAUUCCAAUGCCUGACCGUGAAACCGAGUUCUUUGAAAUCGGUAAAGGAAGAAAAGAAUGCAUUUGCGUGGAUAAAGGCUCCAUCAGGUGCGUGCAGCAGCAUAUCAUUGAGAACAGAGAGGGCUUAUUCGAAACUAUCGGAUACGAAAGAUGUCUAAGCAUAGGUCUCGGUGAAAUGGGAGAGGAAGUCGCUGGUAAACUAACCGAGGACGAGGAAGAUCUAUUCCACGAGGUUGUUUACUCCAACCCGGUUUCACUUGACCGGGAUUUAUGGAAGCACUUAAAGUCUGCGUUUCCUUCGCGAACCAUGAAGGAGAUUGUGAGCUACUAUUUCAACGUCUUCAUCCUGCGAAGACGAGCUGUUCAGAAUCGUUCUAGAAGCUUGGACAUCGAUAGUGACGAUGAUGAGUGGCAAGUAGAGUAUGACAACACUUUUUAUGGUCCUGAAACUCCAGAUGAGAAAAAAACCGGAAACGGCCUCUCAGGAGAUGCAGAAGAAGAUUCGUGCAUGUCCGAUGACUUCCAGUCCAACGUAAACAGAGAGGAAUCUAACGUUGGGAACUACUGGCGCCACUGCAAUGAUCUUGUGGAGGAUCAUUUUUAUUCAUUUGAUCAUUGUUGGACUAAGAAGAUUGAUUUUCUUCCAACUUCCAACAUUAUCGACGAGAUCUUUGGUCAAGAAGACCCAUGGGAUGAGUUCUCUAGGAGGAAGUAAAUGAAUAAUGGUCUCCAAUCUCCAUUGUUACUCUGCUCUAGGAUCUUGUGUAUGUGUAAAUGCAUUAUUUAAGAAAAUCCAAAGCUGGAUGUUGUGUAUAUGUUGUGUUCUCUGUAUAGUUCAAGACCUUGAGUCUUUUUCUUUUUGUAUUUUAUAAUUACCUUUUGUAAAUCAGGAUUAGAGUUUCUUGUAAGAAGAAGAAAAAAAAUCUUCAGAAACUGUUUAAUAAACUAACCUUUUCA